UAGUAGAGACGGGGUUUCACCGUGGUCUCAAUCUCCUGACCUCGUGAUCUGCCCGCCUCGGCCUCCCAAAGUGCUGGGAUUACAAGCGUGAGCCACCGCGCCCGGCCGCUAGACCCUUUUUUGAAAGGGGGUUUAUCCAGGAAUUAAUAGAAUUCCUAAACUGGAUUCAUAGAACUAAGUAGCCUUACUCUGCAUUGUCUGCAGGGCAAAGUUGUACCCAUGUUUCUUUCAGGAUGUGCACUUGGUACCUAAAGGGCUAGUGUGACAUACCCCACACCUAACAGUAUGCAUGUCAUUUCAUAUCAUUUCUAUUUCAGUGCAAUUUCUGAUGGCUGCUAUGUGUCUGACACUGUGCCAUGAGCUGUAGGAGAAACAAGUGAACGGGGGACAAUCUCGGCCUUUAGGAACACAGGGGAGCACUCAAGGCCAAAUAAAAUCAGUGCCCUCUUGGAGCUUCUCGCAGUGUGUUUGGGAGCAGAGGAUGGAGCACCAACUACUAGUUCUGCUCAGUAACACCCUCCAUUUGCAUAGCGCCUAACUGACUUCCAGAGUCUUUGUAGAAACCUUAACUCAUCUGGAGUUAUCAGGGAGCUGCAAAAGGGUGGGGACUAUUGAGCCAGGUUUUGAUGACCAAGAAGAAUUCCUAGGCCAAGGGAAGCAGUUUCAGAAACAACUCUCCAAGUUCCGUUUCCAAGGAAAGUCUUAACCAUUUGUCCCUUCUGGCGUACCCUCUUUCAUUGAAAUCCAUGCAGAAUAUACCAGAGAUGGGCAGUAGCGAACCCCUUCCCAUCGCAGAUGGUGACAGGAGGAGGAAGAAGAAGCGGAGGGCCCGGGCCACUGACUCCUUGCCGGGAAAGUUUGAAGAUAUGUACAAGCUGACCUCUGAAUUGCUUGGAGAGGGAGCCUAUGCCAAAGUUCAAGGUGCGGUGAGCCUGCAGAAUGGCAAAGAGUAUGCCGUCAAAAUCAUCGAAAAACAAGCAGGACACAGUCGGAGUAGGGUGUUUCGAGAGGUGGAGACGCUGUAUCAGUGUCAGGGAAACAAGAACAUUUUGGAGCUGAUUGAGUUCUUUGAAGAUGACACAAGGUUUUACUUGGUCUUUGAGAAAUUGCAAGGAGGUUCCAUCUUAGCCCACAUCCAGAAGCAAAAGCACUUCAAUGAGCGAGAAGCCAGCCGAGUGGUGCGGGACGUUGCUGCUGCCCUUGACUUCCUGCAUACCAAAGACAAAGUCUCUCUCUGUCACCUAGGCUGGAGUGCUGUGGCGCCAUCAGGGCUCACUGCAGCCCCAACCUCCCUGGGCUCCAGUGAUCCUCCCACCUCAGCCUCCCAAGUAGCUGGGACUACAGGCAUUGCUCAUCGUGAUCUGAAACCAGAAAAUAUAUUGUGUGAAUCUCCAGAAAAGGUGUCUCCAGUGAAAAUCUGUGACUUUGACUUGGGCAGUGGGGUGAAACUGAACAACUCCUGUACCCCCAUAACCACACCAGAGCUGACCACCCCAUGUGGCUCUGCAGAAUACAUGGCCCCUGAGGUAGUGGAGGUCUUCACGGACCAGGCCACAUUCUACGACAAGCGCUGCGACCUGUGGAGCCUGGGUGUGGUCCUCUACAUCAUGCUGAGUGGCUACCCACCCUUCGUGGGUCACUGCGGGGCCGACUGUGGCUGGGACCGGGGUGAGGUCUGCAGGGUGUGCCAGAACAAGCUGUUUGAAAGCAUCCAGGAAGGCAAGUAUGAGUUUCCUGACAAGGACUGGGCACACAUCUCCAGUGAGGCCAAAGACCUCAUCUCCAAGCUCCUGGUGCGAGAUGCGAAGCAGAGACUUAGCGCCGCCCAAGUUCUGCAGCACCCAUGGGUGCAGGGGCAAGCUCCAGAAAAGGGACUCCCCACGCCGCAAGUCCUCCAGAGGAACAGCAGCACAAUGGACCUGACGCUCUUCGCAGCUGAGGCCAUCGCCCUUAACCGCCAGCUAUCUCAGCACGAAGAGAACGAACUAUCAGAGGAGCCAGAGGCACUAGCCGAUGGCCUGUGCUCCAUGAAGCUUUCCCCUCCCUGCAAGUCACGCCUGGCCCGGAGACGGGCCCUGGCCCAGGCAGGCCGUGGUGAAGACAGGAGCCCACCCACAGCACUCUGAAAUGCUCCAGUCACACCUUAUAGGCCCUAGGCCUGGCCAGGCAUUGUCCCCCUGGAAACCUGUGUGGCUAAAGUCUGCUGAGCAGGCGGCAGCCUCUGCUCUGUGGCUCCAUUCAGGCUUUUUCAUCUACGAAGGCCCUGAAGUUCCCAUCAACCCCCCAUUUCCCUAGGGUCCUGGAGGAAAAAGCUUUUUCCAAAGGGGUUGUCUUUGAAAAGGAAAGCAAUCACUUCUCACUUUGCAUAAUUGCCUGCAGCAGGAACAUCUCUUCUCUGGGCUCCACCUGCUCACCCGCCUGCAGAUCUGAGAUCCGGCCUGCUCUCACCGCUGUAGCGGCGGCGGCUGGGGCUGCAGCCUGCAGGGAGAAGAAAGAAGCAUCAGUUGACAGAGGCUGCCGACACGUGCCUCUUCCCUCUCUGCUCUGUCACCCUCCUCUGGCGGUCCUUCCACCUUCCUCUGUCCUCCGGAUGUCCUCUUUGCCUGUCUUCUCCCUUGGCUGAGCAAAGCCAUCCCCUCAAUUCAGGGAAGGGCAAGGAGCCUUCCUCAUUCAGGAAAUCAGAUCAGUCUUCCAGUCUGCAGCAUGGAGAAGCACAUAAUCUUUCUUUGCCGUGACCGAAAUGUGUCCCUCGUUUAUCAUCCCCUUUGUUUGUGAUUGCUGCUAAAGUCAGUAGUAUUUCGUUUUUUUUUUUUUAAAGUUUGGUUUUUUUAACCAUGCUGUUCCAGCAAAGAUGAUACCUUAAGCUCCCACUGCAAGCCCAUGAACUUCCCAGAGAGUGGAACGGCUUGCUCUUCUUUCUGGAAUGUCCAUGCAUUUGGGUUUUAAUCAGCAGUUCCCUAUUAUUCUGAUUUUAAGCUGUUCCUAUGACAAACUUAGAGACAGCGUCAGUAUCUGCUGCUGUGUCCUCAGGUCUUGUGUGGGUGGCACAGAUCUGGGCAGUUAGAUAGAGCUCUGUGCCUGAGGUGAAGCCACACUGGGGUGAAGCCUCACUUCCCUGUUUGAGUGAUGCAGUGCCUGCUGCCCAAGUGCGUGAAGGUACAGCCAUUCAGAUAAGCAGAACUAUUGAGUUACAUAAAGAAAAUAGAUUUGCAUUUGUCAGGCAGACGUUUAUACAACACCACGGUGCUUUUAUACAUUGUGCUUAUUUUAAUAAAACUGAAAUUCUA